CUGUUCUACCGCCCUCCUCCUCCUCCUCCUCCUCUCACUCCUCCUGCGCCUCAAAAUCUCAACCCAUGGUGUGCAGGUUUCUUUCCUGCACUUUUCUUCAGGAUGAGGGUUCUUAGACAUCUGUGUGCCAUCAAGAAUGAGCUCAUCCUCUUCUCAACUCCACUUCUCCUUCUUCCAUUACCUCUGGUGAUCGGGACUCCGGAGGCAGAAUGUGCCUAUAUAAUAAUCUUGAUGGCCGUGUAUUGGUGCACAGAAGUGCUACCGCUGGCCAUUACAGCUCUUCUCCCUGCUAUCCUGUUCCCUUUGUUUGGGAUAAUGGAGUCCCAAGAUGUGGGCAUGCAGUACCUGAAGGACACCAAUUUGUUGUUUGUUGGGGGACUCAUGGUUGCUGUGGCAGUGGAGCACUGGAAUCUGCACAAGCGCAUUGCUUUGAGGGUUCUGCUUUUUGUUGGUGUACGUCCAGCUCUUUUGAUGCUGGGCUUCAUGGGCGUCACAGCUUUUUUGUCCAUGUGGAUCAGCAACACAGCUACUACAGCCAUGAUGGUGCCUAUAGUCCAAGCGGUGCUGGAGCAGCUCAACAACAGUGAGGCAGAAGCUCCCCAGAUCCUCAGCUCAGAUGAGCAGGUCCAGAUAUCAGACACUGACAAUAAAACUUCUACACAGACAGAGAAGCAAAAUGAGGGUCAAGGUCCAGUGGUGGUGACUUUCUUAGAUGCCUCAGCAGAGCUUGCCAAGCUUAAGGAGGCAGCAGAAAAGCGGAAGAUGUGCAAAGGAAUGACCCUGUGUAUUUGUUAUGCUGCUAGCAUUGGCGGCACCGCAACUUUGACGGGAACUGGUCCCAAUUUGGUGCUGAAGGGCCAGAUGAACCAACUGUUUCCUGAAAACGAGGACGUCAUUAACUUUGCCUCCUGGUUUGGCUUCGCCUUCCCAAACAUGAUCCUCAUGCUCACUCUGGCCUGGCUUUGGCUCCAGUUUGUAUACAUGGGAUUCAACUUCAAGAAGACGUGGGGUUGCGGCAGCGUGAAGACAGAGAAGGACGUUGCCAUCUAUAACCUCCUUCGGGAUCAGCUUCGUCUGCUGGGGCCCAUGUCCUUUGGAGAGAUUAGCGUCUUGGCUCUUUUCUCUUUGCUUGUUGUCCUGUGGUUCACAAGAGAUCCAGGUUUUGUAGCAGGCUGGGCAACAUACGUCUUCAACUCCGAAGCCGAGUAUGUGACGGAUGCCACAGUCGCAAUCUUUGUCGCUGUCCUUCUCUUUGUUCUUCCCUCUGAACCACCCAGAAUCUGUUGCUGGAAGUCUCGAAGCUUCAACACAGUGCCUCAUCAGUCUAACUCAACACCACGUCUCCUCACCUGGAAAGUUGCCCAAAAAAAGUUGCCAUGGGGGAUCAUACUUCUUCUUGGAGGAGGGUUUGCUUUGGCCAAAGGAAGUGAAGUUUCAGGACUCUCAAAGUGGAUGGGAGAUCAGAUGACACCUCUUCAAAACAUCCCUCCGUGGGCAAUUGCUAUCAUUUUAUGUUUGAUAAUUGCUAUCUUCACAGAGUGCACGAGUAACGUGGCCACUGCGACUCUCUUCCUACCUGUCCUUGCCUCAAUGUCUCAGUCCAUUGGAAUGAAUCCGCUGUACGUCAUGGUGCCUUGCACCCUGAGUGCCUCCUUUGCCUUCAUGCUGCCCGUCGCCACACCUCCAAACGCCAUCGUCUUCUCCUACGGCUACCUCAAAGUUGCUGACAUGGCCAAGACAGGAAUAGUCAUGAACAUCAUUGGGAUUCUCUGUAUUACUCUGGCGAUUAACAGCUGGGGUAGAGCCAUGUUUCACCUGGACACUUUCCCUGCUUGGGCCAACGUCACGGGAGUCUAAGCAGACUUUUUU